AUCUCCGACAGGACCUCAGGCAGAAACUUCACCAAGGUGGGAUGGAUAACAGGGUCUCGGGAACAACCAGUAAUGGAGAGACAAAGCCAGUGUGUCCAGUCUUGGAGAAAGUGGAGGAAGAUGGUACCUUGGAACGGGAGCACUGGAACAACAAGAUGGAGUUUGUGCUGUCAGUGGCGGGAGAGAUCAUUGGCUUAGGCAACGUCUGGAGGUUUCCCUAUCUCUGCUACAAGAACGGGGGAGGUGCCUUCUUUAUCCCCUACCUCAUCUUCCUUUUUACCUGUGGCAUCCCUGUCUUCUUCUUGGAGACAGCACUUGGCCAGUACACCAACCAGGGAGGCAUCACAGCCUGGAGGAAAAUCUGUCCCAUCUUUGAGGGCAUCGGCUAUGCCUCACAGAUGAUCGUCAGCCUCCUCAAUGUCUACUACAUCGUUGUCCUGGCCUGGGCCCUCUUCUACCUCUUCAGCAGCUUCACCACUGACCUCCCCUGGGGAAGUUGCAGCCACGAGUGGAAUACAGAAAACUGUGUGGAGUUCCAGAAGACAAACGACUCCCUGAAUGUGACUUCUGAGAAUGCUACCUCCCCUGUCAUCGAGUUCUGGGAGAGGCGAGUCCUGAAGAUCUCAGAUGGUAUCCAGCACCUGGGGGCCCUGCGCUGGGAACUGGUCCUGUGCCUCCUGCUAGCCUGGAUCAUUUGCUACUUCUGCAUCUGGAAGGGGGUCAAGUCCACGGGCAAGGUGGUCUACUUCACAGCCACUUUCCCUUACCUCAUGCUGGUGGUCCUGUUGAUUCGAGGAGUGACACUGCCGGGAGCAGCCCAAGGAAUUCAGUUUUACCUGUACCCCAACAUCACUCGUCUGUGGGAUCCCCAGGUAUGGAUGGAUGCAGGCACCCAGAUCUUCUUCUCCUUUGCCAUCUGUCUGGGGUGCCUCACGGCCCUGGGAAGCUACAACAAGUACCACAACAAUUGCUACAGGGACUGCAUCGCCCUUUGCAUCCUCAACAGCGGCACCAGCUUCGUGGCCGGGUUUGCCAUCUUCUCCAUCCUGGGCUUCAUGUCUCAGGAGCAGGGCGUGCCCAUAUCUGAGGUUGCUGAAUCAGGCCCUGGCCUGGCAUUCAUCGCCUAUCCUCGCGCUGUGGUGAUGUUACCCUUCUCACCGUUGUGGGCCUGCUGUUUCUUCUUCAUGGUCGUUCUCCUGGGACUAGAUAGCCAGUUUGUGUGUGUAGAAAGCCUGGUGACAGCGCUGGUGGACAUGUAUCCCCGGGUGUUCCGUAAGAAGAACCGGAGGGAGAUCCUCAUCCUUAUUGUGUCCGUCAUCUCUUUCUUCAUCGGACUCAUCAUGCUCACAGAGGGCGGCAUGUACGUGUUUCAACUCUUCGACUACUAUGCAGCCAGUGGCAUGUGCCUUCUCUUCGUGGCCAUCUUUGAGUCCCUCUGUGUGGCCUGGGUUUACGGAGCCGGCCGCUUCUAUGACAACAUUGAGGAUAUGAUUGGGUACAAGCCAUGGCCUCUUAUCAAAUAUUGUUGGCUCUUUUUCACGCCAGCUGUGUGCCUGGCGACCUUCUUGUUCUCCCUGAUUAAAUAUACGCCACUGACCUACAACAAGAAGUACACAUACCCAUGGUGGGGGGACGCCCUGGGGUGGCUCCUAGCUCUGUCCUCCAUGAUCUGCAUUCCUGCCUGGAGCAUCUACAAGCUUAGGACUCUCAAGGGUCCACUCAGAGAGAGACUUCGCCAGCUCGUGUGCCCAGCUGAGGACCUUCCCCAGAAGAACCAACCAGAGACGACUUCUCCUGCAACACCGAUGACGUCCCUUCUCAGGCUCACAGAACUGGAGUCUAACUGCUAGGGCCACGGCCUUUGACACACCUGUGAGCCGGGCUGUGGGGGCAGCUAUAGAGGCAGAGGGUGAAACCACCCCUCUGUGCCGGGACAGAAAGACGAAAGGGGGUAUUUGGGACCCACCUUCUGAACUGGGUACCUCCUAUCUUGACGCCCCUAUUCCAGGGUGGUCCACACAUUGUGACAUGCCCGAAUUAAUAAAACCUCUCUGAGGCAGCUUGGGAAGCCCAGGGAGGAGGUGAAUGCCUGGCUUGUUGCUGGGCCCUCUUCCUUCCAUGCCAUUAAAUCCAACUUCCUCCCACGACUGCUUACCAACAUGCCUGGUUUCUGUCCUCUGUUUGUACCUUGUCCCCUGCUCAUUAUAACAUUGUGACUCUAGGGUCCUGCCUCCCCCUAGCUCUUACCAAGUGCUUAUGAAUCACAUAGCAGGUAUAAUUGAUGUGGUGGGGGAGGGAAGGCAGAUAGAUGAUGGGGCGAAACUGUUGUCCUCAAUCACACAUUUGGAUUGAAGGAAGCUGGCCCUCUCUCUCCACGCUUCCCUAGAGUGUGAUGUGUAGUCCUAUAAGGUCCCCAUCCCCACUUGCCACUUCUGUUCCAUGCUCCUCUCCCCUGUCCUCAUUGUGGGAUUUAAAAAGGGAGAUGGAGGGAAGGACAAAGGGACCAGGCCCUGGUUACAAGAAGGAAGAAAACUAGUUGUAGUUCCUUUCUGCUCAAUGGCCCUUGCUAUGUCCUUGGUUGUCAACACUGUCCCGGUGUGCAUCCAUGGGCUGAUGCUUGGGGGAGGAGUUGAUGCAGGGUGAGAGAGGGUUGCCAGCCAGGUCUUUGAGGACCAGAGGGGCCUUACAGAAGAGGUCCCGCCCAGACUCUGCCAGCAGAGGGACUACUCAGACAAUCCUAGUCUCAGCUGUCAAGAGGUUCAGACCCGGGAUACUGUCACUUCCAGAUGUGACCACAAGGUGGCGGCACUGUCAUGUCCUCAGUCCUGAGGGUCAUUUCUGAGCUUCAGGGAGGAGCCAACCCUUAAGAGCUAACUUUCAAGAGACUCUGGCAGGAGGUCGGCAAAGCUCUAGGAUAUUGCCUGGAGGUCAAAGCAAGGCCCCAGGCUGCCUUAGCAACCAGCCUCUAAGGGAAUGGGGAGAAACUCCAGGUGCUGCAGUGUGCUGAGGAAGUAGAUGAAACCUGACUCUCUCCCCAUCUAGGGUAAGGUCUACCUGAGUCCCUGAAGGUUUCCUGGGUCCUCUGCUGCUGCCUGACUUGACUAAAUGUCCAGUGAUUCUCUGAGCUGUUCAGGCUCCCCUCCUGCUCCCUGGGUGCUUUUUGUUUUUUCCAGCUUGUGACACGUCAGUUUCAAGGGAAAUGUUUUGAAGUCAUUGCCAGUUUUCCAGUUUCUGAUUUGUAUUGGAAGAGUCUGCAAAAAUCAGGGACAGUGGUCCUCCUGACUCUGUGGGGGGCUUGACUCUUUCUCCUAGGUGACAGACUCUGAGGAGACAGACUCAGUCACGGUCCUGCUGGUUUAAUGUGUCCAAACCCAGGAUUCCACACACCUCACACCCUCACCCACCUGACCACGUGUCUAUAUCGCCUAUGGCUACAGGGUUUUAACUGUACUUACUACAAACAUGGGCUUAAGCAGAACUCAACCCAUUUCUUUUAUUUCUUAAAACAGGGUCUCACUAUUAGCCUUGGCUAUCCUGGAGCUUGCCUUGUAGAGCAGGAUAGCCACUUGCCUCCGCUUUCCUAGUGCUGGGAUUAAAGGUGU